GCGUCGGACCUCAGCGGCGGCAGACUCAGCCACCAGGUGAGAGUUCCACACCUUUACCUUCACAUCCGGGGGGUUUUCACACCAGAGGUUCAGCUGACAGAGUCAAAAAGACGCCACGUCUCUUUGUUUUAGGUGAAUCUUAAGGAAAAGGCAUUCAUUCAUCUUUCUACACUUCCACCGAGCCACAGGCAGGAAACACAGUAUUUACGAUGAAGAAGAUCAUCCUGGACGUGGACACGGGCGUGGACGACGCCAUGGCCAUCAUGGUGGCCCUGUCCAGCCCAAACGUGGAGGUCAUCGGGAUCACUUGCUGCCAUGGCAACACGCCCCUGGACAACGUGGUGACGAACACGCUCCGUGUGCUGCAAGUCUGCAAGAAGACGGAGAUUCCAGUGUAUCCAGGCUGCAGGCAGCCUCUGCAGCAGUAAAUUCAUGCGAGCAACUACCACGGAAAGGACGGACUGGGAGACGUCCCGGAUCCAGAACCUCGUCAGGACCAGCUGCAGGGCAGGAAGGCCGCGGCAGCCCUGGUCAAGAUGGCGAGGACGCACCCUGGAGAGGUGACGCUUGUGGCCACCGCCCCGCUCACCAACCUGGCCGUGGCGGUUCCCCACCCCGACUUCCCCAAGAAGCUGAAGGCGCUCUACAUCAUGGGAGGAAACACUGAAUGUAGACACUCCGGCCGGCACGUUCAGCGCUACGCCAGCCUGCUGCAACCAUCUGUAACCCUGUGUGUGUGUGUGUGUGUGUGUGUGUGUGUGUGCAGCAGGGGCAACACCACAGUGUGUGGGGAGUUUAACUUCGUGGCUGACCCCGAGGCGGCUCACAUCGUGCUGGACCGCUACACCUGCCCCACCUACAUCGCCGGCUGGGAGUUCACCUGCAGGAACAGCCUGCCCUGGUCUUUCUGUGAUGAGUGGUUCUGCGCAAAAACCGACAAGGCCGAGUUCAUGAAGAAGAUUUCCAGCUUCUCCAUGACGAAAGCUCGAUCCAAGGACUACCGAGAGAAGGAGACCACUGAAGGCUCCGGGUUCAACUCCUGCGACACCUACGCCGUGGCCGCCGCCGUGGACGACGAGUUCAUCCUGGAGAAAGAGGAGGUGGCGGUGACGGUGGAGCUGGAGGGGACCCACACCCGGGGCAUGAUGGUGCUGGACUACAUGGGGCUGCUGAAGAAGGACCACAAGGCCUUCAUCAUGAAGAAAGUGGACCUGGAGAAGCUGAAGAAGAUGCUGAUAACUGCCCUCAAGUAGAGGAAUUCAGCGUCGGUCUGCAGGCCUUAAACACUGACGGGUGUGUUUUCUCAAAGUGCUGAUAAUGGAUAAGAAAGUGACGCCAAAAUCAUUCCUGAAACACUUCCACCGGUUUACAAAACGUUCCCAGACCUCACUGCAGUUCUUCUCCCACAGAGAGCAGCGGCAUACCGUUCCUGUGCUGCAAAGCUGUAAAGCUGCUCAGGAAAACAAGAAUUUCUGCCUCUGCUUCCACAAACUGGUUUUACUGACCAGCUGAGGUCCUCGGACCGUUCUGAGGCUUCAGCAGGCCUGAUUAGUUGCAGAUGCUGCUUUUCUCUGCUGGCUGAACGCUGAAGGAUUGAGAACAGUUUGUACAAACACCCAGAUAGAUCACAUGUGAAUGUGUUUCCGCCCGAUUCUCGCUUCAGCUGGUUCUCUUCAAAAUAAACAAGCAGCUUGCUCCUGUCCUUCUA